AGCGAUGCAGCAGAUCUCGAAAGGCCAGAAAAAUGUUUACAAAUGAAGAUUCAUCUGGAUCACGCCUUACUGUGUCAAGUCAAGCGGCGGCUCGUCCCGCGUCGGAUUCAAAGCGAGAUAUCCAAUCAUUCAAAUGCAUGACGCACUCGUCCCAAAACUGCUCGCCGAGGGUGAAACUAAGUUUCGUCCAACAGGAACUUUUUCAUCCCGACUGUAGAGUCAUGAAAUCCUGGGUGCACACCGCAACACAACGCAACACAACUUUGAUUAUCGCAUCCUUCUGGCCAGAUUGACAAUUGGAAAUCGAUGCCUCUGCGACGAAGAUUCGAGAGGCGCGCUUUGGAUCUGGAUCUUCUUUCUUACUUCAGCUUCUAGUUUGCUUUCUGUAUUUGAUUCAGCAUUCUUCACCCCACCUCCAGCAUCUCUCUGAGUGCACUUGUCUGUACAUUUAUUUUCCACCAUCACUUUCUACUUUCAACUAUCAGUCAUGGCAGCAGACUCCUCCUACUCACCCUGGGGCCUAAAAUGGCGUUCCAACACCUUCUUCAUCCUCUCGACCGUCACCAUCGGCAUGUUCACCGACCUCUUCCUCUACGGGCUCAUCGUGCCCAUCCUCCCCUUCAUCCUCCUCGAGCGCAUCCAAGUCCCGCACGACCAAGUCCAGUACUACACCUCCCUCCUGCUCGCAGCCUACGCCGGCGCACAAGUCCUCUUCUCGAUGGUCGCGGGCGUGAUUGCAGAUAGGAUGUCGUCGAGACAGCCGCCGUUCCUGUUUGGGCUUGCCGCCCUGUUUGGAAGCACGGCGAUGUUGUUCCUGGGACAAUCGAUUUGGGUUUUGGUACUAGCACGCGUGCUGCAGGGGAUAAGUGCGAGUGUGGUGUGGACGAUAGGACUGGCGAUGGUAAUGGACACGGUGGGGAGUGGCAAAUUGGGUGUUACAAUUGGCAGUAUAUUCAGUUUGAUCAGUGUCGGGGAACUUAUCGCUCCCGUAUUCGGCGGAUUGGUGUUCAAGAAAGCUGGAGCGGGCGCAGUGUUUGGUACGGCGUUUGGGUUGUUGGUUGUUGAUUUUUUGAUGCGAUUAGUCGUUGUCGAGAAGAAGGUUGCGAUUAAGUACGGGGUGGAUUACUCCUCUGAAAGCGACGACACUGAUUCCGAAGCUGGCGAGACAUCGCCUCUGCUCAGCAAUGGGAAUACCAAAGAAGAGGAACUCGCAAAGUGGAAGAUACCCAAAGAACAACCUACCUGGAUCAAGAAGUUCCCAAUUCUAUAUUGCAUGGGCAACUCGCGACUGUUGGUAGCACAACUUGUUGCAUUCACACAAGCUACUCUCCUCGCUGUCUUCGACUCCACGAUCGUCAUUGAAUCAUGGGAACUAUUCGGCUUCGAUUCAUUGAAAGCCGGACUACUCUUCAUCCCUCUGAUCCUACCUCCCCUGGUAAUUGGCCCCAUCGCAGGCCGAGGCGUCGACCGCUACGGCGCCCGAAUAUUCGCCACCUUCGGGCUUCUCUUCCUCUCCAUCCCCAUCAUCCUCCUGCGCAUCCCCCACGCCGGCGGCACUUCCGAAAUCACCAAAAUGGCGAGCAUCCUCGGGUUCUGCGGUCUCGGCAUGGCGUCCCUCUCAUCGCCCAGUAUCGUGGAAGCGAGCUACGUGGUAGAGCAGUUUCACCUUGCGAAUGAAGAUUUGUUUGGAGAGCAGGGCCCAUAUGGUCAGUUGUAUGCGGUUAGUAGUAUGGUUUUUAGUGCGGGGUUAACGGUUGGGCCGGUGGUUUCUGGGGGGUUGAGAGAUCGAAUUGGAUAUGGGAAUAUGAAUGCUGUUGUUGCGGGACUUUGUGUUGUGGUUAGUGGGUUGAGCUGGGUUUAUUUGGGGAGGAUACCGAAGCUGGUGAAGAGGGGAAGUGAGAGUUCGACUCCGUUGAUAAAUUAGAUUUGUCGGAUUUGAUAGAAUAAUUUAAUUGUUUGAACAAAUGUGGCUCCGCU